AUGGCUGCUACGAAAGCCAAUGAGUUUUUGGAUGCGUCCGACAGCGAAGACGAGCAGCUCAACGGAUAUGAUUCCGCAGAUGAAGUAGCAAAGGGAGGACGCGGCGCAAAGAGACGGAGAAUUAGCAGCGACGACGAGGACGACGACAACGAUGAUGGAGCGAGCGAUAAGGGCCAGGAUGACGACGCGGGAGACGAAGAUGGCUCAGAGCCGACAGAGAAGGACGACGAAGAUCAGAGGGGAGAAGGAAAGACGAAAGCAAAAAAGUUAAAGUCGAAAGACUUACCGCGCGUUGCUCAGCCCGCAACGAAGAAAAAUCUUAUUACAACAGACGAGGCCAUUAAAAAAUCCGGCGUCGUAUAUAUUUCGCGCGUACCGCCCUUUAUGAAACCCAACAAAUUGCGCUCUCUUCUCGCCCCAUACGGCACCAUCAACAGGAUAUUCCUCGCCCCGGAAGACCCAGUCGCAAGAGCGCGGCGGAUCAAGGGAGGCGGCAACAAGAAGAAGACAUUUACCGAGGGCUGGGUGGAGUUUGUCAAGAAGAAGGACGCAAAGGCUGCCUGCGAGCUACUAAACGCACGGCCAAUUGGCGGCAAGAAGGGGAGCUACUACCACGACGAUAUAUGGAAUCUGCUGUACCUCAGUGGCUUCAAAUGGCACAAUCUGACGGAGCAGAUCGCCGCCGAGGACGCCGAGAGAACAAGUCGCAUGAGGGCUGAGAUUAGCAAGACAACGCGGGAGAACAAGCUUUUUGUUCGCAACGUGGAGAGGGCCAAGAUGCUGGAUGGCAUGGAGGCCAAGGCCAAGGCGAAGAAGAGGAAAGCGAACGAUGUUGCUGCGCCUGGCGAGGAGCCAAAGGAGGGCGUACGGACGUUUAGGCAGAUUGCCAAGAUCAGCAAGGGUGAUGAUACCAACGAGCAACCGGAGCGUGUCAACAGAGUAUUGAGCAAAAUCUUUUGA